CCGGCCAGGGGCCGGACUACAUCUCCCAGCGUGCCUGGCAGAGUGGUGGCCUCUGUGCGCUGGCUGCACGGGUUGUGGGCGACGAUGAGGCGGGCAGGGAGCGUGGUGGCCCGGCUGGGCUUGCGCCUGCAGGCACCCUCCUCAACCCUGGACCGAUCACUCAGUUAUGCACAGGACACGCUCCGUAGGACGCCGCUCUAUGACUUCCACCUGGCCCAUGGCGGGAAGAUGGUGGCGUUUGCGGGCUGGAGCCUGCCAGUGCAGUACCGGGACAGCCACAUCGACUCUCACCUGCACACACGCCGGCAUUGCUCGCUCUUUGAUGUAUCCCAUAUGCUGCAGACCAAGAUAUUUGGUUGUGACCGUGUGAAGUUGAUGGAGAGUCUAGUGGUCGGAGACAUUGCAGAGCUAAAGCCAAACCAGGGGACACUGUCACUGUUCACCAAUGAGGCUGGAGGCAUCCUAGAUGACUUGAUUGUCACCAACACCUCUGAGGGGCACCUGUAUGUGGUAUCCAAUGCUGGCUGCUGGGACAAAGAUUUGGCCCUGAUGCAGAACAAGGUCAGAGAGCUUCAGAACAUGGGCAGUGAUGUGGGCUUAGAGGUGGUGGAUAAUGCCCUGCUGGCCCUACAAGGCCCCACUGCAGUCCAGGUGCUGCAGGCUGGUGUGACAGAUGACCUGAGGAAGCUGCCUUUCAUGACCAGUGCUGUGAUGGAGGUGUUUGGCGUGUCUGGCUGCCGUGUGACCCGCUGUGGCUAUACCGGUGAAGAUGGUGUGGAGAUUUCAGUGCCGGCAGCAGGGGCAGUCCACCUGGCAACAGCUCUACUGGAAAACCCAGAGGUGAAGCUGGCAGGGCUGGCAGCGCGGGACAGCCUGCGCCUGGAGGCAGGCCUCUGCCUGUAUGGGAACGACAUUGAUGAGCAUACCACACCUGUGGAGGGCAGCCUCAGUUGGACAUUGGGAAAGCGCCGUCGAGCUGCCAUGGACUUCCCUGGAGCCGAGGUCAUUGCUCCCCAGCUUAAGGGCAAGGUGCAGCGGAGGCGUGUGGGAUUGAUGUGUGAGGGGCCCCCAAUGCGGGCACACAGCCCCAUCCUGAGCAUGGAGGGUACUGUGAUCGGUACUGUGACCAGUGGCUGCCCCUCGCCCAGCCUGAAGAAGAAUGUGGCAAUGGGUUAUGUGCCCUGCAAGUACAGUCAGCCAGGGACCUUGGUGCUGGUAGAAGUGCGGCGGAAACAGCAGGCAGCUGUGGUCAGCAAGAUGCCCUUUGUACCUACAAAUUAUUAUACCCUUAAGUGAGGGUGGCU